GAAGUCUCUCAGCCAAAACUGGGCAAUUUGCAUUGAUGUGUGGCCUCCCAGCCACUUGUCUGCUAAUGGCACGGUCAAUGCUUGAAGAAAAUAUAAGUACUCUAAUUAUUUAAAAUAAAGCCCAUUAUGUUAGUUCAUGUAAUCUUCAAAAUAGUUUAUCAUUGUUGACAUAAGGAUGGAUUAACUACAGCAGCAUUUGGCUAUGUUUUUCUAAACUACAGUGAAGAUGAGUAUUCUCUUCUAGAGAUGAGAAAGUCUGAGGUUUUGUGGAGUUACGAGAUAAAAGAGGCCGCAAGGCGUAAGCAGAUUCAGCUACCAGCUUCAGUUGACUUCAGUACUCCCAGGAUUGGGUAUGACUAAACCUGUGACAAUAUCCAUCACAGAAUCUGGACGAUAGUACUUUAUGAGCAAAACUAUCGUACUUACACUUUGUAGGGAUCUUCGACCACCAUAUGCCAUUAUUAUUAUUUUUUUCGGUUUAGAUAAAAGUCCCAUAUUAUACAGUAGCCUACGUAUUUCCAUCUAAGAAAAGUAUUAAGACUCCAUGCCGCUAGAGAUCGCUGUUAAUACUUGAAUUUGUUUUGGUCUAAUGGGGUGUAUUCAAGAUACGUGUUUCUUAUCGUUGCUUAUACAUUUGAUAGCGGUGAUAAAGUACCUUGUUGGUUGACACUUGCCCUCCAAUUAAAAAGUUGAUUAAUAAUUCGAAACGUAUUGAAAUAGGAUUUCCGUUUUAUAGAAAUGGGUCAAAUUCACUCAGUUUAGUCUGACAGUUUACACUUCGAGGAUUUGUAAGGUUAAUGCAGCCGUAUGAUCUUGAAUAUGCCUCCAGUGGGAGUGUCAACAAUAACUUUUCAGAUGGAGGUCUGAUCGCGCGCGUAAGGGUAUUGUAUUAUUGAAGACACUAAAGACUUUUAACAUGUCCUCCGACGACAAAUCUAAGGCUGUUGGAGGGAUUCAAGGACUUCUUCUGAAACUACAUGCAUCUCUCUCAGAGGGUGACAACAGAGAUGCCGCUAUAAGAUGUCAUGAUAUUGUCGGUGACUUGGGGCAAGAAUGCAUGCAGACGAACAGGGAGAACGAGCUGGCUUUACAGACAUCCUUGUUGUUUUCCAAAGAAGAUGGGUUACUGAAAUUUCUUCGGAAAUCCCUGGCAUGCGAAGAGCUCCGGGAUACAAGAGUGGAGAUCCUCAGUCUAUUGGACAACUUCUUGCAAAGGAUAUCUGCAAGCUUCAAGGGUUGGGAGAAGAUGUACGCCGUUGACAUCAAGGAUGUGUGCUUGGUAGUGUACACAAAGGAGAAAGCUGCAAAAUGCAAGGCAGCGGCUUUGGAUCUUCUGAUCAAGGUUCUCUAUUUAACAAAAGACACCAGUAUUUCUCAGGACUUAAAAGUCAAUGAUAUAUUCAAAAAGUUCUACGGCGAGCUCUCCUACAAAAACAAAUUGCCAGAUACAGUUCUUGGUAAACUCUAUGAGCUCUUGGGAGUUUUGGGUGAGGUGCAUCCUAGUGAAAUGGUGAACCACUCGGAUAAACUGUACAGGGCCUAUCUAGGAGAGCUGAAGCAUCAGAUGACUUCAUCGACAAAGGAGCCAAAGCUGACUGUUGUGGCUGGAUGUUUGAGAGGGAUUACAUCACUAAUGGUUAAUUUCACCAAGUCAGUGGAAGAAGACCCAGGUACAUCCAAGGAAAUAUUUGAGUAUACUCUGAAGACAAUCACUCCUCAGAUGGAGAUGAGUCGUUAUGCUGUCACCUUUGCUGGACUAAGAUUGUUUGCAAAACAUUCAUCUCAAUUCAGCCACUUGCUAAUAGACCACUACAGAGCCUUGUUUGAUGCCAUGUCCAAGCUGUGCGGACAUAUAAACCAGGAGAUGAAGAAGACCAGUUACUACGCUCUGGAGUCCUUCCUCAAACAGGUUGCUUUCCUGGUGGCAGAGAACGUGGAGGAGCACAAAGGCAAACUCAAGUUCUUCAUGCAGAAGUUCUGUGCCAUAAUCAAGACCAUGGAUUCCACUCACAAAGAGCUCUCCAUUGCCAUCCGAGGCUAUGGAUUCUUUGCAGCGCCAUGUAAAGUGGUUUGUCCAGGAGAUGUGGACCUGAUGUACACAGAGCUGAUCCAGCGCUGCAAACAGAUGUACCUCACAGAGUCCGAUGGCGAGGAGGACAAGGUUUACCAGCUCCCCAGCUUCUUGGACUCCAUCGCCAGUGUCCUCAUCCACCUAGACAAGGUCCCUGAAGUGUACACCCCUGUGCUGGAGCGCCUCCUGGUGGUGCAGAUCGACAGCUUCCCUCAGUACAGUGUGAGAAUGCAGCCCACCUGCACUCGUGCCAUUGUCAAGGUGCUUGUCGUCAUGGCGUCCAAGGGUCCCGUGUUCUGGAGCUUCAUCAGUUCUGUCGUGCACCAGGGCUUGAUUCGCGUCUGUUCAAAACCGGUUGUCUUCAUAGAGGGUUAUGAGAAGACUCAAAGUGGCCCCAGGACUGUUGAGGAGUCUGCCAAGUCCUAUCAAAUGCAGACUGGGAAAUGGAGGGUUCCCUCUUGUUCCGACUACCUUGAUCUUUUCAGGGGCCUUUUGGACUGUGACCAUCUAAAGGACACCGGGUUUCUUGAUGGGGGGUUUGAAACCCAGAAUGCUACCUUAAGGUCCCUGAGUCACCUGCUUUACGAUGAACUGGUGAAAUCGAUCCUGAGGAUUGUGGAGAAGUUGGACCUCUCUGUACAGAAAAUUAACAUGGACGACGAGGAUGAACAGCUUGGCAGCAGGAUGGUCCUUCCCUCCUCCGACCCGACAGCCCACCUCCUGCCCAACAAACCCAAGGACUUCACUGCCUUCAUCAACCUGGUCGACUUCUGCAGUGAGUUACUCCUGAAGAAACGUCAGGAGUAUUUUGGGCAGUGGGUUUACCCCCUGAGCCAUGAGCUGAUCCUCCAGUCAAUCAGAGCCCCGCUGGUCAGUGGCUUCUACAAGCUACUCUCGGUCUCCAUGGAAGUAGCCAAGAGAAUCAAGUACUUUCAGGAUGUGGGACCUAAAAGCCUGGAAAGCAAAGACACAGACCAUCUUAGGGGCGCCUGCUUUGCGCUCUUCUCAAAGUUUGGAAAAGAGGUGGCUGUGCGGAUGAAGCAGUACAAAGAUGAGCUCCUGGCCUCUUGCUUGACCUUUGUCCUCUCACUUCACCACGACAUCAUUGCCCUGGACAUCAAGGCUUACGUCCCUGCCCUUCAGGCUGCUCUGAAGCUGGGCCUGAGUCACGCACCUCUGGCCAACACAGCUUUGGACGCUCUGGAGACCUGGUCUUCACGUAUCCCCCAGGACAUCAUGCAGCCCUACUACAGGGAGAUCCUGCCCCACCUGGAUGGAUACCUGAAAACGUCCACCUCUGAUGAGAAAGACGAGAGCGACUGGGAACUGACGUCCCUGUCGUCGGGGAAAGAGAAAGGAUACAGUAAAUUGAUGACCAGGCUCCUGAAGAAAUCCAGGCGUCUUGCCAUGGAGGAAGCUUCUCCUGUUGCCAUGGUGAGGAAAAGGGUGGUACAGUUGCUGGGGCACCUAGGAGGGCAGCUGAACAGGAAUCUGGUGACAGCGACCUCGGCUGAGGAGAUGAUGAAGAAGUUUGUGGCCUGGGAUUCUGAGAAGAGGCUGAGCUUUGCUGUGCCUUUUGCGGACAUGAAGCCUGUGAUCUACCUCGAUCCCUUCCUGCCUCGCAUAACUGAGCUGGCACUGUCCACAAGUGACAGGCAAACUAAAGUGGCAGCCUGUGAGUUGCUCCAUAGCUUGGUCGUCUACAUGGUGGGUAAGGGCUCUCAGAUGGUGGAAGGGGAGAACUGCACCCCUCCCAUGUACAACCUCCACAAACGUCUGUUUCCAGUGCUACUUCGGCUCGCCUGUGACGUGGACCAGGUGACAAGGCAGCUUUUCGAACCACUGGUGAUGCAGCUUAUCCACUGGUUCACCAACAACAAGAAAUUUGAAAGUCAGGACACAGUUGCCGUUUUGGAGGCAGUUAUGGAGGGGGUUAUAGACCCCGUGGAUAGCACACUCCGAGACUUCUGUGGCCGCUGCAUUCAAGAGUUCGUCACGUGGUCCAUUAAGCAGACCACCCCCAAGCAGCAAGAGAAGAGCCCGGCGAACAUCAAGUCUCUGUUCAAGCGUAUCUACAGCCUGGCCUUGCAUCCCAAUGGCUUCAAGAGGCUUGGUGCGGCGUUGGCUUUCAACAGUAUCUAUCGACAAUUCAGGGAAGAGAAUUCCCUGGUGGAGCAGUUUGUGUUUGAAGCGCUGGUUGUGUUCGUGGAAAGCCUUGCGUUGGCCCAUUCAGAUGAGAGGUCGUUGGGGACCUUGCAGCAGUGCGGAAGUGCCAUAGACCACCUGAAGAGGAUCAUCAAAUACAAAGCUGCCAAUCUCAAUCAGCACAACACUAAGAGGCGUACUCCACGGGGCUUUCCCCCUGAUAAAGAGGUGUGUUUGUCCGAUGUGGUCAUGUGGCUUCUGGAGCAGUGUGGGCGACCGCAAGCGGAAUGUCGUCACAAGUGCAUGGAGCUCUUCUAUGAGCUGGUUCCCUUGCUACCAGGGAAGAGGUCUCCGUCUCAGUGGCUGGACGAGCUGUUGCAGAAGCACGGUGUGGGCUUCCUGAUUUCCAGGCUGGAGGGUGGAGGGCUCCUCACCCAGCCCACACUCAGCGACCUGGCCGGCCCCUUCACCGUCAGGGCCACGCUGCAGUGGAUGGACCUGCUUCUGGCUGUCUUGGACUGCUACAACACCUUUAUCGGCCUCCACAUCAUCAAGCCCCAGCAGAUACUGGGCUCUGAUGAGAAGUCUAGUUUUCUGAGUGCCUUGAGCUUCUUCCUCGCUGAGCUCGCCACCCGGGAGCUGGAGGCGGCGGAAGGCUGUUUCAGUGUUGGGCAGAGAAACGCCCUCUUCAGUCCCAGAGAGAGAGACCAGUACAAUUACAGCAAGUGCACCAUCAUCGUACGACUCAUGGAGUUUGCCGCGGCGGUGCUGGUCAAGUGCCAACAGGACUUCUGGAAGCUUCUGGAAAAGGACCUGUUUGAUUCGGCCUUUCUAGAGCUGGUAGCUCUGACUGUGUGUGAGCCCUCGUCCAUUGGCUUCAACAUGGCCGACUUGGAGGUAAUGAAGCACCUACCGGAGGUGUGUGUUCCCCUGCUGAAGGCCCUGCUGGCCUCUCCCUACAGAGACGAGUUGGAGGACAGCCUCAGGAAGAGGGUGUCGCAGCAGAGUGUGGAGGACUUGUGUAAAGUGGACCUUUACCAUCCAGACACUCGUACAAGCCAUGCCAAGAUGGAGAUGCUUCUGUCCGCUUGCAAACAGAUUCACAAAGCUGGCUUCCUCAGCUCCAUUCUGCAUAGCCAGGAUUCCAGCUACGCACGGUCUUUGGGGUCCAAACUCCUCCUGGCGGUAUACAAAGGCAUCGCCCCGGGAGAAGAGAGGAAAGCCCUUCCUUCCAUGGACGUGAGCAGUCGGAGGCUUGCCGAUGGAUUGUUGCAGCUGGCCUUCUCCCUGGGGGCACAGUGCGAGCAGCUGGUGGAGCUGCUCCUGAACACCAUCAUGCUGUCCGUGCCUCUGGCGGGCGGCCGCAAGCAGAACUUCCUCAGCUUCUCCCACGGAGAGUACUUCUACAGCCUCUUCCAGAUGACCCUCAACGCCGAGCUGCUCAGGAACCUGGACGCCGCCGUACCGCUGCUCAUGACCGCGGCCACCCAAAAUCCCAGCAUGGUGAGCGUCCUGCUGAACGGUAUGCUGGACCACAGUUUCCGCGAGCGGGCGGUGAGGAAGACCCAGGGAAGCCGGCUUGUGGAGCGUGUGCUGCAGAGGUGGGAGCUGUUGAAGCCGUGGUGGGGCACCAACACCUCCACCUCCGAGAGUAAAACCUCCACCCUGACACUGCUCUCCAAGGUUCUACAGAUUGAUUCGUCUGUAUGCUCCAAUGCGAGCCACCAAGCGUUUCAACUGGUCUUCACCACAUUCACUACUCUCAUCGUCGACAUGGCCCUGCCGUUGAAUCUCAAGAGCCAGGCCCUGAUCAUGCUGCCAUUCUUCACCACCCUGCCGGAGGAGCCCCUGGGUCAGCUGCAGACUGCUCUGGAGGCCCUGGUGGCCUCCCACUUCCCCAUGCAGUCAGACGAGUUCCCCAGCGGUUCCUUGCACCGCAACAACUACAUGGACUGUCUUCAAAAGUUUUUGGAUGCCCUGGAACUGUCCCAAAGUCCUCUCCUGCUGACCUUGAUGGCCAGGAUUCUGUGCCGCGACACGAAGCACAUUGUGGAGGAUCUGUUCCAGACGUGUUUCCAAAGGAUUGCCAAAAGGUCUGAUGGGGAGCGGCAGGUGGAGCUGCUCUGUGCUGUGUUCCGGAUCAUUCGGCAGGGGGAGGUGCCCGUCCCGUCCAUGCUCCAGGCCAUGCUGGAGAGGGUGCUACUGCCCUUGGCCUCGCACUGCAGCACCAAGGCUCUGACCCGGUUCUUUGUCGCCAACAUCUCCGACGUCAUGGCAGCGCUGCUCGCUCGCUUCACCAAGUCCAACGAAGCCGCAUUCAAGGCCCAGUUGAUCAAUAAGAACGGCUGCUACAAACUAAUGGAGUUGCUCUAUUCUCGUCUGCCUAAAGAGGAGGUUUACUCAAAGGAAUCCCAGAUCAACCAGGCCUACUGUGGCCUAACAGUUAUAACUGAAGGCAAUGAGCUGUCAAAGACUCUCAUCAAGUCGUGCUUUGAAGCCUUCACUGAGAACAUGGCGGGAGAGACUCAGCUACUGGAGACCAGAAGACAGUACCACUGUGCAGCAUAUAACUGUGCCAUCGCAGUCAUCAGCUGUAGCUUCAACGAGACUAAAUUCUACCAGGGCUUCCUGUUCACAGAGAAACCUGAGAAGAAUCAAUUAAUUUUAGAGAAUCUCAUUGAUACCCAGAGGACAUACAGGUUCCCCAUUGAAAUCGAGGUUCCUAUGGAGAAGAAGAAGAAAUACCUCAUGAUUCGGAGAGAAGCGAACGAGGAGAGCGGAGAGGAGCCAGUCUACCUCUCCUCACAGUCCUACAUGGCUGACAGCAGUUUAAGUGAGGAGAUGAGUCAGUUUGACUUCUCAACAGGAGUCCAGAGCUUCUCCUACAACUCCCAAAAUCCUUUGGGGCAAAGUCGUACUGUCAGGAAGAGGGAGCAGGCAGACACCAUUGUGGCUCAGCAGGAGUCGGUGGACCUGGAGAUGGAUGAACUAAACCAACACGAGUGCAUGGCGGCCAUGACGUCCUUGGUGGGCCACAUGAAGAGGAACAACAUCACUCCCACAGUUGAAGAGGGAAGCAUACCCAGUGAACUCCCACCUUGGAUGAAGUUCCUCCAAGGAAAGCUAGGAAAUCCAGCAACGCCAUUAAACAUCAGGCUUUUCAUAGCCAAGCUGAUAAUCACCACAGAGGAGGUCUUCCGUCCGUAUGCCAGGUUGUGGCUGGGACCCCUCCUGCAGCUGGUGGUCUCUGGGAACAACGGGGGUGAAGGGAUCCACUUCAUGGUAGUGGACAUAGUGGUCACAGUGCUCUCCUGGACAGGCCUGGCCACCCCAAAGGGCAACACCAGAGACGAAGUUCUGGCCAAUCGCCUGUUGGAGUUCCUGAUGAAGAACAGCUUCCACCCCAAGAGACCCGUCUUCCGACAUAACUUGGAGAUAAUUCGCACGGUGGUGGAGUGCUGGAAGGACUGUCUGCACGUGCCGUACAAGUUAAUCUACGAAAGGUUCUGCGGCACAGAUCCCAACAGUAAAGACAACUCUGUGGGCCUGCAGCUGCUAGGCAUCGUUCUGGCCAAUAGCCUCCCUGCCCAUGACUCCGGGUCAUGUGACGUAGAGUAUGACAGGUACAUCCAUUCCCUCACCAACAACCUGACCUUCACCAGAUAUAAAGAGGUUUACGCUGCAGCUGCUGAGAUCAUUGGCAUUAUCUUGAAGAAUAUGACUGAAAAGGAUAGUCAACCAGAUGCAUCGCUCCUCAGUCUUACUGUAAAUAAAUUGACAGAUCUGAAGAAAAAAAACCUGGAUGACAAAUUCAUUAUCUGCUUGAGCAAAGUUUCCAAACACUUUCCUCCCUUUAUGGACCGGUUUGUGAACGCAGUGUUCUACCUGCUGCCAAAGUUGCAUGGCCAGUUGAAGACCCACUGUCUGGAGUGUGUGUUCAGCCGAGCUGAGGUCAUCCCAGACAUCUACCUGCAGCUUCAGACCAAAGGAUUCACCCAGAUCAUGGCCCACAGAGAUGAGGCGAGACAGAGAGUGUGCCUGGACAUCCUCCACAAGAUCCUAGCCAAGCUGAAGCCAGUGGAGCUCCAGGAGCUCCUGGGAGCUGUCACAGCCUUUAUUACCAAUCCGUCCCCGGUCUGCAGAGAAAGGAUGUACGACAUCCUGAUGUGGAUUCAGGAUAACUACGGCGAUGCAGAGAGUCAGACCGACAGCGUCUCCGUGGAGGUGUUCGACACUGCAAAGGACACACUCCUCCAGGGGCUCACAGAUAGAAACCCUGGGCUGCAGCUGUAUGUGUGUAACUUCUGGAGCCACGAGAAACGCCUGCCCAAAGCCACUCUGGACCGCCUGCGGGUGCUGCUACGCUCUCUGUACUCGAGCCGCAUUGAGGAACACUUCCUCAGUCUGGCCACCAACCUGCUGCUGGAGAUGACCAGCCAGAGUCCUGACUACACACGUAACAUGUUUGAGUACCCGCUGUCCGAGUGCAUAUUCCAGGACUAUGUGAUUGAUUCGAACUGGCGUCUGAGGAGUACAGUCCUGACUCCGAUGUUUGUGGAGACUCAAGGUCCCACACAGGUCCCAGAGAGCUCAACAUCUCAGCCUGGGUCUGUUAGGAACCAGCUUCGAGCAACUCAAGGUUCACUGGAAUUCAGCCAGACUCAACCUGCAGGGCGCCGCUCGGCUUAUAACUGGUUGACCGGCAGCAGUGUGGACACCCUGGCUGAGUACUCUCCGUCCUCUGACUCCAUGUCGUCUUUACUGGUUUUUGACAAGAAGAAGCCGGCUGCCUGGAGGGCCACCGGGGAAGGUUUUGGCACCAGACGCCUCGCAGCACCUACGGAUGAGGGUGACAGCCGUAGCAAAGCUCAGAGCGAGCAACGCGCCGAUAUCCUGAGACUGAAGCGACGCUUCCUAAAGGACCAAGAGAAAGUCAGCCUGGGCUUCGCCAAGAAAGAAAUCCGUCACCAGAGAGAGCAGAAGGACCAGAUGGCGGACCAAAGGCUGAGAAAAGAGUCUCAGGUGACUCUGUACCGCAGCUACCGAUCUGGAGACCUGCCUGACAUCCAGAUCCAGUACAGCAGCCUCAUCGCCCCCCUGCAGGCUCUGGCCCAGAGAGAUCCCACUCUGGCCAAGCAGUUGUUCAGCUCUCUGUUUGCUGGUGUCCUGCAAGAGAUGCAGGGCCACAAGUCGAUCGAGGAGAGGAAGAAGAUCCACGAGGAGCUGCUAGGGGAUAUGAACAUGUUUCUGAGCCGCAGUACCCUUUACUUCCCUCCAUUUGUUGCGUGUGUACAGGACAUGAGCUGCCAUCACAAGGAGCUGCUCCGGGUCCAGCCAGCAGCGGUGAGCUCCAGCAGCCUGGCAAGCCUACAGCAACCCACCGGCAUCCUGCUGCUGGAGGAGGGCUUGCUCCAGGACUGCAGCCCCCGGGAACCCCCUGCCAAACGGGCCCGUGGCGCGCGAAAAGAAGUGCCCCCAGACACGGAGAAAUGGAUCCACCUGGCCAAACUUUAUAGGUCUUUAGGGGAUUAUGAUGUUGUCCGGGGCAUCUUUGGUGGUAAGAUCGGGACCAAGUCCAUCACAUGCCAAGCUCUGCAAGCAGAAUCCAGCAGCGACUACGCCGAGGCCGUGAAGCUCUACAAUGAGGCUCUCAACACCGAGCAAUGGGAGGACGGCAACCCCUCGGACACGGAGAAGGACUUCUGGGAGAUGGCCGCCCUAGAGGCCUACAGCAACCUGACGGAGUGGAAGUCCCUGCAGUACUGCUCCACUGUCAACAUCGACGAGAAUCAGCCGCCUGACCUGGACAAGAUGUGGGACCAGGCCUUUUACCAGGAAACCUACCUGCCGUAUAUGAUGCGUAGCAUGUUGAAGCAGCUGCAGCUGGGGGCAAGGGACCAGACUCUUCUCAGCUUCGUGGACAGCGCCAUGAAGGUGGAGGAGCGCAAGGUCCUGCUGGAGAGCCACUACAGCCAGGAUCUCAGCCUGCUCUACAUCUUACAAGAGGACUACGACCGCGCCAAGUACUACGCCAACAACUGUAUGCACAUCUUCAUGCAGAACUACUCUAGCGUGGACACUCUGCUGAACCGCAGUCGUCUCUCCAUCCUGCAGUCUGUGCAGGCAUUGACAGAGAUCCUGGACUUCCUUCAUUUCAUCACUGGAGAGGUUUCUGUGAACUCCCUAAAGAACCUCAUUAGGCGAUGGAUCGACCGUUACCCCGAUGUGAAAAUGGACCCCAUGAACGUGUGGGACGACAUUGUUACAUCUCGAUGUUUCUUCCUGGAUAAAGUCUGCGAGAAACUCAGCAGCCAGUCCCCUAGUGACAGUAUGGAGGUGGAUGGGGAGGAGCAGGACCAAGGCCAGGACCUUAACACUGUCGUGAGGGCCAGCAAAUUCACCAUGAAGCUGUGCAUGGCCGACAGUGCAUCGAAACAGAGCAACUUCCCUGUGGCCACCAAGCUGCUGAAGGAGCUACACCGGGAGGCCAAGACCGAGAGAGGCUGGCUGCUCCGCUGGGUCCACAGCUUCAGCCGCUUCAGCCACAAGCGCAGCCUGGCCCAGGGGCCUGUGGAGCAGAUUGGGGCCAUGCUGAAAGCCAUUCCUCUGCUGGAUGACCUUCAGGCGGAGUGUGUGCGUGCCGGCGGCCAUGUUUUCAGAGACCAGAAGAUCCUGUUGGGAACGUCCCACCGCAUCAUGGCCUCGGCCGUGAGCCGGAACCCCUCGGUUCUAGAGGCCGUGGGGAAAGAGAAGGCCGACAGAGUUUUGCAGCUGGCUGGGUGUUCCGCUACGGCUGGUCCGCAGAAGGUGGAGGUGGGUCUGCAACAGCGGGCUCUGGAGAUGUUCUGCGGUGCUGUGACGCGGGCGGAUGAGGAGGUCCAGUCCUACACUCGGGAGUGUUUAGACACCAGCGGCAUUGUCGCCGCCUAUAUGGCCCUGGCCAAUUUCUGUGAUCAAAAACUGCGUGAAGAGGAGCAGAGCAGUAACAUCAGCGAGUUCCCUGAGUUGGCCGCCCUGCCUGUUCACGUGGUGGAGAGCGUGCUCAAAGCCCUGAAGCUGAACUCGGAAGAGGCCCGGCUCAAGUUCCCCCGUCUCCUACAGAUCAUCGAGCUCUACCCUGCUGAGACGCUAGACCUCAUGGCCAAGGAGAUAGCAACAGUUCCCUGCUGGCUGCUGAUUGGCUGGAUCAGUCAGAUGAUGGCCCUGUUGGACAAGCCUGAGGCGGUGGCAGUACAACAGCUGAUUGGUCAGAUUGCAGAGUGCUACCCCCAGGCACUGGUCUACCCCUACAUGAUCAGCAGCGAGAGCUACCACUUUGAGGAAUCGGCCAUCGGACACAAACACCGGGCGUUUGUUGACAGGCUUAAGUCCCUACUGGAUAAGGAUGGUUCUGUGCUGGUCUUUGUCGGUGCCCUCCAACAACUAACAAACCCUGAGAUGCUUUUCAAGGACUGGUGGGAUGAUUUCAAAAAUCAAUGUGAGAAAGCGAGCUUUGACAAGAAUAGGAUGGGAAACAUGUAUAAAGAAAUACAUUCUUCCCUCUGCAACCUGAAGUCAGAAGGCAAUGGAGCCUUCCGCAAUAAGUUUAUAAAGAGAUUUGCCAAGGACGUGGAGCAGGUCCUGGGCCCUGAUGGUGAGAAUCUGUUCAAGAAGCGGAGAGACAAGAACUUCCUGCAGCAGGUGGAGAACGGUUUAAUCAAGUCUAUGAUGGAGUUCCAGCAGAAGCCAGGGAACCUGAAGGAGUACUCCCCCUGGUUGAGCAGCUUCAAAGCCGACACACUCCACAACGAGCUGGAAGUACCAGGGCAGUAUGAUGGCAGAUCCAAACCAUUGCCAGAGUAUCAUGCGAAAAUUAGCGGAUUUGAUGAAAGGGUGAAGGUGAUGUCCUCCAUCCGAAAGCCCAAGCGCCUCAUCGUCCGCGGUGACGAUGAGCGGGAGUACCCGUUCCUGGUGAAGGGCGGAGAGGACCUCCGUCAGGAUCAGCGCAUCGAGCAGCUCUUCUCCGUCAUGAACAUCCUGCUGGCCCAGGACGCCCCCUGUGCCCAUGGCAGCAUGCAGCUCCGCACCUACCAGGUGGUGCCGAUCACCACUAGGAUCGGUCUGAUUGAGUGGAUGGAGCACACCUGCACGCUGAAAGAGCUGCUUUUCAACGCACGGACAGAGGAGGAGCAGAGAGACGCUCUGAGACCGAAUGAAGAGUAUGAUAGUUGGCUCACCAAAGUAACCAAACAAGCCGGGAAAGGAGUAACAGCAAACGGACGAUACGCCGAGGCUUAUAAGAGGGCAAACCGCAAUGAGACCAUUAAUAACUUCGUGAGGGUGGAACAGCUUGUUCCGGGCGAUCUGCUGAGGAGGGCGUUUGUCAGGAUGAGCACCACCCCUGAGGCCUUCCUGUCACUGCGCUCUCACUUUACCAGCUCCCACGCCCUGCUGUGCGUCAGCCACUGGAUCCUGGGCAUCGGCGAUCGCCACCUCUCCAACUUCAUGGUCAGCACGGAGACCGGCGGCAUGAUCGGCAUCGACUUUGGCCACGCCUUUGGUUCCGCGACACAGUUCCUCCCCAUACCAGAGCUCAUGCCAUUCCGCCUGACGAGACAGUUUGUCAAUCUGAUGCAGCCCAUGAAAGAGUCAGGCCUGAUCCAGAGUGUGAUGGUGCGCUCCCUGCGAGCCUACCGGGCUGACCCGGACCUGCUGCUCAACACCAUGGACGUUUUCGUCAAGGAGCCCUCUCUGGACUGGAAGAACUUUGAGCUGAAACAGAUGAAGAAAGGAGGCACGUGGACAGAGAGCGUCGACACCAAAGAGAUCAACUGGUACCCUCGACAGAAAGUCGACUUUGCCCGAAGAAAACUAGAAGGAGCUAAUCCUGCCACCAUAACCAGUGAGGAGCUGAAGCUGGGCUUUGAGAAGACCCCUGCCUUCAAGGGCAUGCAGGCUGUGGCACUGGGAUGUGAGGAGCACAACGUCCGCGCCCGCCUGGGGCCCAUGGGCCUGUCGGUGGAGAGCCAGGUGGAGUGUCUGCUGGACCAGGCCAUGGAUCCCAAUAUCCUGGGGAGGGUCUGGGCAGGCUGGGAGCCGUGGAUCUGAAUCUGGAGAUGUGCUGGUGGGGGGGGGGGGUCUGAAUCACACACCUCACAAGGCCCUUCAGAGACAACCGGUUUCAAAACUAACCUCCAAGUGGCAUAAGAAGGUUCAAGAUCAAGGAUUGAACAAUGAACACAUUCCCAAAGAAACAAAGCAUGCAUUCCUCUAGUGUUCCAACAUGGCCAAUGGUUUUCCACAGUAGUGAUGUUCCUUAAAGAUUACAAAUGUAGUACAUAAAACGUUGUCUUGUCAGACUUUUGAUUGUUUCUCCGAUAAAGUAAAUCAAACAGCUA